AUGUUUAUCCUUCUAAGUAUUUCUUUUUUUCUAUUUCCACUCAAUAUUCAAUCACUUAUUUGUCCAGUUUAUAAUGUAUUCAAUAAUGAAACUAGUAUAAUUAAUUCAUGUGAUAAAAAUUUCUCAUUAUGUACAUAUAUUACAACACAAUUAAAUUAUCGUCGUUGUCUAGGAAUUUAUACAUUUGAUAAAAAUCUAAAAACAAAAAACACUUUAAUUUCUAUUCGUCAAUUAGCAUUAGUUGAUGAUUUUGAAGAAAAAUAUUCAAAUAUAACAGAAUGUAUUCUUGACGUUGAUAAAACUGGUAUUAAUCUAUUAUGUCGAUGUAAUUCAAAUAAUUGUACAUUAAAAUGGAAAACAGCUGAAAAUUUAAAUCAGAAAAUAUGUCUAAAACAUAAAUCAAUUAAACAAUAUGAACAUAAUAAAUGGUUUCUUUCAUUAAUGAUUAUACUCUUUAUUGCUAUUAUUAUGUUUAUUAGUAUAAUUAUCAUUAUUAUAAUUAUAAAAUAUAAAUGGUAUAAAAAAAGAUAUGAAAAAGAUGAUCGAUCAUUUUUAGCAAAUAUAUCAUGUGCAUCAACAAAUAUUUCAAAUACAGAAAUCGAUGAAUUUUUAUCAUCAAAUCCUACUUAUCAAUCAAUUAUAAAUCAUGGAAAAAAUAGUAUUAUUUAUCGUGCAUGGACAACAGAAAAAGAUAAUUUACAACAUGAGAAAAAACUUGUUGCUGUUAAAGUUUAUCAUUCACAACAAUAUAAAAAUAUAUUUGAAAAUGAAGUACAAAUUCUAAGAAUGAUUCAUCAUUCUGCUAUUGUUAAUUUUAUUAGUCAUGGAUGGCAUGAUCUAUGUCCAUAUAUUAUACUUGAAUAUUAUGAUCAUGAUUCACUGAAUAAUUAUCUUCAUUCACAUAAAAUUUCUUGGUCAAUUUGUUAUUCAUUUCUUUUCUCUCUUAUGGAUGCAAUUGAUUAUCUUCAUUAUGAAGAUUUAUCACCAAAUGAUUAUUUAACAUCAAAUCGUAUUCGUAAACCAAUUAUUAUUCAUCGUGAUAUGAAAACUUCCAAUAUUCUUAUUAAAUCAAAGCCAACUCUUAGUUUAUGUUUAAGUGAUUUUGGUUUAGCUAAAAUUCUUCCACCAAUAUUAACACCAAAUGAUUUUAUUCAAAUUGGUACAUAUCGAUAUAUGGCACCUGAAUUACUUGAACUUGCUAUAUCACAUACAAGUGAUGCUUUAUGUAAAGUUGAUAUGUAUGCAAUUGGACUUGUUAUGUGGGAAAUUGUUACACAAUGUCAAGACUAUCCAUGUUCUAUUGACUAUCAACUUCCCUAUGCGGAAUAUAUCAAUACGAAUGAAAUGAAUGAAAAUAAAAUUCUUGACACACUUCAUCGAAUUGUUGUUAACGAAAGAAAAAGACCUAUUAUACAUCGAACAACAAAUAUGAAUUCGAAAAUUUCUGAUGUAUUAACCAUUAUCGAAGAUUGUUGGAAACAUGAACCUGAAUCAAGAAUAAAUGCUCGACCAGCAUUAUAUCGUUUACGACAUCUUGAAUAA